GAGGAGUUCGACGUGCUGGUGGUGGGCGGCGGCGCGACGGGCUGCGGGUGCGCUCUGGACGCCGCGUCCCGGGGCCUUAGAACUGCCUUGGUCGAGCGCGAGGACUUCUCCUCCGGCACGUCCUCCAGGUCAACAAAGCUUAUCCACGGUGGAGUGCGGUACCUACAGAAAGCCAUCCUGGGUCUUGAUCUUGAGCAAUACAAGAUGGUCAAGGAAGCUUUACACGAACGCGCCAAUUUACUGGACAUCGCUCCGCAUUUAUCGUACCCGCUGCCCAUUAUGUUGCCCGUGUAUAAAUGGUGGCAGCUGCCGUAUUUUUGGGCCGGCAUUAAAAUGUACGACUUGGUCGCAGGCAGCAAGUGCGUCAAAUCAUCGUAUGCUAUUUCCAAAGCAAAGGCUCUUGAAUUAUUCCCUAUGCUUAAAAGCGACAAGCUUGUGGGCGCAAUUGUUUACUACGAUGGCCAACACAACGAUGCUAGGAUGAAUUUAUCCAUCGCCCUCACGGCCACGAGGUUGGGGGCCAUCACCACCAACUACACGUCUGUCGUGAAGCUCCUGAAGAAGUCCGUCGUGAACCCCGACGGCUCGACAGAUGAGAAGAUCUGUGGCGCACGAUGUCGUGACGAGACCUCAGGCAGGGAGUUCGAUGUCAGGGCCAAAUGUGUCAUCAAUGCCACAGGACCCUUUACGGACGAACUGCGCCAGAUGGACGACGCGACCCUGAAGACCAUCUGCGCUCCGUCCAUGGGGGUCCACAUAACCCUGCCCGACUACUACUCCCCUGAGCAGAUGGGGUUGCUGGACCCGAACACGUCGGACGGGCGCGUGAUUUUCUUCCUGCCGUGGGAGGGCCGCACCAUCGCCGGCACAACUGACACCCCCUGCACCGUCACCCCGAACCCCGCACCUACAGAGGAUGACAUCCAGUUUAUUCUGCAGGAAGUCAAGAACUACCUCAGUCCUGACGUCGAGGUGAACUGCGGGCUGGAGCCUCUACACACCACGUCCCAGACCGACGGGCUGCUGCUGGAGGGCGCCCAUACCUGGACUCCCACGAUGUACAUCUCUGUAGCAUGGGACUUCGAUACGUUAAUAAUAUUAAGGAAAAAGGUGUCUCUUGAGAGCCCUCUGUGCUGCACAGUGGGGCGGCGGCUCCACAGCGGAUUCCCAUACAUCGAUGCCGAGGUUCGCUACGCGUGCCGGGAGUACGCGGUCACCGCCGUGGACAUCAUCGCACGCAGGCUGCGAUUGGCCUUCCUGAAUGCUAAGCGCUUCAACUCCCUCGACACCGACAAAAAAGGAUACAUCUCCCUCAACGACCUGCGCAGAUCACUCGAGGUACGAGGCCAAGAUGUACCGGGCGAAAAGCUACACGAGAUUUUAAAAGAAAUCGAUCUUAAUCUCAACGGGCAAGUCGAACUCGAGGAAUAUCUUCAGAUGAUGGCGGCCCUCAAGAGCGGUUCGAUCUCUCACUCCCGCUUCGCACAGCUGGCGCAGAUGGCGGAGGAACACGCCACCAAGAGUGUUAUUUCUGUUGAACGCAGUGGAGGUGGAGUCUAAACUUAGCUACACUCAUGACAUUGAAUGGGUUAUUGAACAAAUAGUGACCUACUUUUGUGAAGCUCGAGAAAAUAGCGAACAUAGGGCUGAUAUGGGCGAAAGUGGGUUAGGAUGACCCACGUAAAGGAAAAAUUAUAACUCAGUACUCACUGCA